AUGCCUGACAGGGAAUAUCCAGACGGGUACCCCUCGUUGGCUGCCUUCAUGGCAAGCGACCCAGACCGUACAGCACUGAUGUUCAAACGCUUUGAUCGGUUGACUGCGCGGACGCUGUUGUAUUUGGAAAGCGAAUUGGCCGAGCUUCAAGCCCAACUUGAUGCGUUCGACGAGGAGGAUAGGGGUUCGCCAUGUGCCCGAAAUUGGACAACUUAUAAAGAAAAGUGGCAGGUUUAUCCACAGAGAGCUAAGCUUCUUAAGGAUAUAAAAAAAACUAUAAUGGAAUACAGUAAGUGGAAAUCGAGUACUUUUUGCGUGGCGACUAAUGAACUAGGUAUAGAAAGGUUACUGAGUUACGAGAGCGUUCUGGCAUCUCAACCGGCGCCUGAUCGAAGAAUGCUCAAAGCGUUUUGGCUAGGUUUUCACCAUGGACCGCCUAGAGCCGGGGAUAGUUUCCCAAUUUUGGGAGGAAAGAGUUCAUUUUUGUAUGACGACAUUAAUGAUCUGAUAAUUCUCCGCCCGCUAGGGCGAAGCGAUCGCCUCUCUACAUUUCUUCGAGAUUUUUUAGGCUUUAUAUUUGUAAAAAAGUUGCCUGAGAGACGACCGAACAUCUCAGGGCUUGGCUAUGCCUCGGAGUCCAGAAUCGAAACCUUUGUUUUGUAUCUCAGCACCGUCCUUGCAGCCUUGCUUCUAAUAGGCGCAAUCAUAGUUUUGUACAAGGUUCCUUCGCCGGAUCUAAAGUUAGGCCUUGUCGGUCUCUUUACCGUUUUGUUUGCUGGGAGUGUUGGGCUUCUGACAAACGCAAGAGUUGCAGAAAUCUUUGGUGCUACAGCUGCGUGGGUAAGAUCACUUUGGACAGAUCAUAUGCUAAUAUUCUUUCCUAGAUAUGCGGCCGUGCUGGUUGUAUUUAUUAGUGGAGAAAUUGGAGGGUCGAAAUCGUCCUAG